UCUUUCCUUCUAUGGGGACGAUCAUUCAGUACAUAUAUAUAGGUUAGCAAUAUAUAAUACUUCUCGAGGAGAGUUUGAAGCAAAUUCUUGCAACAUAUAUUUAAUAAAUCCAGGAAAAACACAUAUUAGAAUAUCAGAAUGAUGAUGAUGACGAGAAUAUUUCUAGUUAUGUUUAUAUUUCUCUCGACGACUUAUUUUGAAAUCAGUAUUGCUCGUUUAAUAACUGAUAGUAACAUUCUUCUUUAUCGUGAUCAUGAGAUGAUGAACCAAACAAAUUAUGAUCGCAAUCAGUACAUUUCAGUUGGCUCUGAUUUCUUUAUCGGCCACGAUGAUGAGGAUGAUGAUACAAUAAUAUGCAAACCGGCCUAUAGUUUCUUGCCUUGUACGGACAGGAUGUGGGGGCAUGUGUUUCUAAUUGUGGUGUAUGAAUAUUUGCUUUCCAUGGCUAGUGCAUAUAAUUCUACUGGCACUGAACUUUUCUUUACAAUGUUUGGAACUGGUAUAUUUGGUGCUAGUUUCUUUCAGAUUCUGGGAAUGAUACCACGAGCCAUACUGGUUUUUGUCUCUGGAUUAUCGGGAAGUAAAGAAAAUAUACAAAGUUCAGCUGCAAUGGGUAUGGGUUUAGUUGCAGGAUCGGUGAUGAUGAGUCUCACACUAAUUUGGGGUUCAGUUGUUAUAUUUGGUAGCCAUGAUAUAUCAAACACUUCAGAUGAUGAUGAUGAUGAUGAUUCAGAUGAACAAGACGAUCAAGAAGAAGGAAAAACACCCAUCAAUUUACUAGAUUAUGGCGUAACAACUGAUAAAGAUACCAAAUACACUGCAAGAAUUAUGCUUUCCACCUUGGUUCCAUUUCUCAUCCUUGAAUUCUCAAAAUUCUUUCAUUCGCGAUGGCUCUCUCGUGGAGUAGUCAUCUUUUCGUUCGUCCUUAGUCUUGUUUACCUCAUUGUUUAUUGCACCUACCAGGUAUUUCAGCCAUGGAUUCAAGACAAGAGGCUUGAGUUUUUGAUGUAUCAGUAUGUUCAAAAGCACUUAUUACAGAAGCUUCUCACCUCCAAUGGCAAGCCUGAUAAGGCAAAAAUAAAAACACUAUUUAAACGGAUUGACAAGAAUGGAGAUAAGGCUUUAUCACCUGAAGAAAUAGAAUUAUUCAUCAUGGGAAUGAACAUCGAUCGAGUUGGACUUGAUGAAUCUGAUUUUGCAGCAAAGAUCAUGGGAGAGUUCGAUAUCUCAGGUGAUGGUAAAAUAUGUGAAGCCGAGUUUGUUCAUGGACUUAUGAGAUGGGUUAAAAAAGCCAACAAAGAUUUUGGGAAUAAGCAGACGCAAGAUGAAAACAGAGUUCAAUACAUGGUUGCAGCUCCUGCACCUACUGGGGAUCACGAGAACCUGAUAGAGAGGAGAAAACAAGAAAUAAAAAGUAGAUUGGACCUAAUGUGGAACUACUGCAAGGCUGCUUUCCUAAUCAUUCUUGGAACUGCUAUGACACUUUUCCUUGGUAGUCCCCUCAUGCAAAGUAUCCAAGCAUUUGCUGAUGGAGCAGGCAUUCCCUCAUUCUUAGUUUCCUAUUCCAUCGUGCCCUUGGCCUUGAACUACAAAUCUGCAAUUUCUUCUAUAAAAACUGCCCUUGAGAAGACAGAAAAAGCACUCUCUCUCACUUUUUGUGAGAUUUAUGGAGGAGUCUUCUUGAACAAUAUGAUGGGUUUAACCGUCUUCCUGAUGCUUAUUAUUUUACGUGAUUUAAUAUGGGAUGUCUCGGCUGAAGUCCUCGUUGUUUUCGUUGUUUGCACCACAGUAGGACUUCUUGCUAGCCUGAGCACGAGGAUUCCACUAAUCUUUGGCAUUUUCGCAUAUCUGCUAUAUCCAUUAUCUCUAGUUCUGCUUUUUGUUCUUACUGGUUUUCUUGGGUGGAAAUGAGGUCAUAUUCCCAUUAUAUAGGUACCUAAAUAACCCAUAUAUAAAAUUAUGCUUAUCUAGCAUAAUUUGAGGGUUUAAUUUCCAAUUUGGUUUCAGAACUUACACAUAUUCACUUGUUGCAAUUCUCUUUUGUGCUUAUAUAAUAAAACACUGUAAACAUCUGAAGUAUUUCACCUGGCAA